GGCGUAGUGGAGACUAAAUCAUUCAUUCGCAGAGAAAAGUCUCCGCUCUUAUAGACGUGGGUGAAUAAUAUACCAACUUGAGAGCAGCUGAACCGGGGGGGGGAUAAAAGAGAAAAGGGCGUUUUUGAGUUGCUCCGGCAUACGAGCGCGUCAGUGCCAAUGUAUACAGACAGUUGGCUCUGCGUAAAAACCCGUAGACGGAACAGAUAACGCUGAAAUUGACUUUGGCACGACUAGUUUGUGAGCCUUUAACACUUUUAUAGCCGUUAGACUGCUCACAACUGCAUGUGGGCAACUUAGCUCUGUCGCUCUCACAAACAGGAAACCCCCGAAACACACAACAACAACGGCAGCAGCAGCAGCAGCAGCCUGUUUUAGAGGACGACAUGGCUAAAUUAUUCAGAGCUGCUAUCAUGGGUCCACCAGGAUCAGGGAAAGGAACCAUAUCCAAGAGGAUUGCGCAAAGCUUUGGCUUGCUGUAUCUGUCUAGUGGUCACUAUCUACGAGAAAGCAUGGCAGCAAAAACAGAGGCAGGUGUGCUGGUAAAGUCCUAUGUGGAAAGAAGCAUGCUAGUGCCUGACCACGUGAUGACUGGGCUGAUGCUGUCCAGACUGGAGCAAGUGAGCGGGCACAGCUGGCUGCUGGACGGUUUCCCUCGGACACUGACACAGGCCCAGGCCUUGAACAACUUGUAUCAGCUGGACUUGGUCAUCAGCCUCAACAUACCGUACGAGACCCUGAGAGAGAGACUGAGCGACCGCUGGAUCCAUCCAGCGAGUGGCAGAGUCUACAACUUGGGCUUCAACCCGCCACGAGCACAGGGUAAGGACGACAUUACUGGCGAGCCGCUGAUCCAGCAUGACGACGACAAACCAGAAGCCCUGAUGGCCAGACUGAGACACUACAAGGACGUGGCCAAGCCUGUCAUAGACUUGUACAAGUCUCGGGGCGUCCUGCACUCGUUUUCAGGAACAGACACAGACCGGAUUUGGCCUUACAUCAACUCUCUCCUCAGCACCAAGAUGCACACACAGCCGUCAGACACGUGCCACACUCACACACCGUGACGGUACUCUGACGUACGAGAGAGGAGGGAAACAUCAAGUGGCCUUGAGAGGAAGUGGGUUGGUGUUUUUUUAAAUGCUGGUCUCAGCGUCAGUUUUCAGCUCGUUCAUUAAUGUCGGGGUUUUAGAGAAAUGGACUUGAGCAAAAGCCAUAGGCAGCCGGUAUCUUUCUCAAUGAAUCACCUUUUUUGUUUGUUCUUUGUGAAAGAAAGGGCUGUCGACCAAAUAAUAGAGCAGGUUGUUGUGAAUCACAUGUAAUCAUAGUGAGAUGUCAAGAUUCUUUAUAUCAAAAAAUAGGCACUUUUUUAAAAGGCUAGUGGCUUUAUACACACAUUCAACUUUUUAUAUUGUAGUUGUUUAAACCUAAAUAUAAUUCAUGAUCAGAAAAUAUCUGUGUAAGGCUCAAUGCUUAAAGUGCUUGUAUGCCUCUUCUGGUCAUGCAGUUUCUGUCUGCCUGCUCUUAUUAACUUUAAGAGUUUGACAUUCAAGAGGCCAACUAUUUGUACAAAAUUUGAUUCCCACACAUUGCUUUCACGAAAUCAAGCACAUAUUUAAAGUUACAGGAAACCAUUUCUUUUGUCCUUUGUCCUCCAAUUUCUAAACGCAGGGUGAAUCCUUUUGCGCGAAGCAAAUCCUGCAUGAAUAUGAACGUUCUUGUCAUUUGCUUCAGUCACUCGAGCGCAAAUGUGUGACCACGAGCAAAAGAUUUGCAUGAGGUAAUGUGGUGACAGCGAGGGGCCACGCGGUUGAUGUAGUGGUUAGCGCUCUUAGCUUUGCAGUAAAAAAAAGUCCUGGGUUCGUGACCCACUCUGUUUCUGCAUGGAGUUUACAUGUUCUCCCGUGUGUGCGUGUGGGUUUUCUCUGGGUUCUCCGGUUUCCUCCCACAGACCAAAAACAUGCAGAUUUGGGGAUUAGGCAAAUUGAACACUCUAAAUUGAGCGUAGGUGUGUCGCCCUAUGUCAGCUGAACCCCCCCCCCCCCCCCCAUGUGUAGGAUAAAGCGGUAAAAGAUGAGUGAGGGAAUGUCGCAAUAGCCAACUGGCAUCGAGAGAUUCUUUCAACAUCCAGGUGGUUUAUCAGAAAUGAUAGGUGGUGUGUUGGUGUUUAUGUGCACACUGAGUGAGUAAAGAAUGAGCGAAGAAGGAGUGGGUGUGGGCAAAAAGUGAGUGAGGAAAUGAGUCUCCCUAUUAACGUCUGAAAAUAUAUGUAUGUGUUUGAUUAUAGCUGUUGGUUGCACUGUUGCUGGUAGUGUAGCGACUCAGUCUUAUACUGUGGCGCUACUGGCUGCUGAUUGUUUGUUUUUACAUGCAUUCAGUUAUAAAUCACGACCAGGUUCUUCCUUAGUGUCUGAAACGAUAUCAGCGAUUGAUUUUCUUCCAGUGUCUGCUUAUUUCCCAUUUCCAGUAAUCAAAAACGAAACAUAAACCGAGCACAGUAGAAAACUGUUUGCCUCUCAAUCAUCAACAUCUGAGUAAAUUGACAGGUGACCUCAAAUAACCCAGCAUGACCCUGGGCCGCUGUCAGCCUCAGGCAAAAUGUAAGAAAUGAAAUACAACUCCUUAGUGGUUUGGGGGGGGGGGGAAUAAAAAAUUAGACAUGGCUCCUACAGGUAGAUUGUUACAUGGGUGAGUAAAGUGAUCAAACACAAAUGAUCCGGUGACGUGAACAGUGUGAGUGAUGUGAAUAAGAGAAGUGAAUGUACCUGUUUGUUACCUCCAUAUUUAAGAAUGGAAAAUAUUCCUGUUUAAACUGUUUCUGAGAUAUUGUAUUCAUCAUGCAAAAAAGAAAGAAAGGUAUGGUAGGUAGGUCACAGUAGUUUUGACUUUGUUUGGACAAUAUAAGCUGCGGAGGAGUAUUAGUGCCACAUGUAAAAAAAAUUGAAAGGAAAAGUCAGAACUUAAAGUAAAUUAAUGUCAGAACUCUGAGGAAAACAAUCUGAAUUCUGGGAUUAAAGUCUGAAUUCUGAGAUUAAAGUCUGAAUUCUGAGAUUAAAGAAAAAGUCCGAAUUCUGAGAUUAAAGUCUGAAUUCUGAGAUUAAAGAAAAAGUCUGAAUUCUGUGAUUAAAGUCUGAAUUCUGAGAUUAAAGUCUGAAUUCUGAGAUUAAAGUCAGAAUAAAGAAAAAAUCAGACUUCUGAGAUUAAAGAAAAAGUCAGAAUUCUGAGAUUAAAGAAAAAGUCAGAAUUCUGAGAUCAAAGUCAAAAUUGAUGGCGUUUUAUUUUUUCUUUAAAACAUUUUUUACAUGUGGCACUAAUACUCUUUCAUACAAAUCAGCUCAUUCACUGAAUAUUUUUUACCAAAUUUGAACAAAAAUUAAAUGAAACGCACGUACAGAUAACCCCAAAAACACCACGCCUCCAGCCAAAGGCAAAGAUUUAUCAAGAGUGCAUCAUUUUGUGUAUAUAGUUGUUACGUCUAUGAUUUUCUGAAACUGAUGAAGUGUAGUUUUUACUGAGUAGAAUACGCACAACAAAAUUUAUUUUCAGUCUAAACGCAGCUUUUAAAUUUCAGACUCGUUGAUUUACUGACACCGCUGUAUUUGUGCUGAUACAUAAAACCAAAAUCAACCUGCUUUUUCCUUUUCAUUCAUUUUAUUUCUAUCUUAAACUGUUACACAUGUAAAUGCAGCCAUGCAGAAUUGCAUGCAGCUGCUCUUCAGCACACUCUGGCUGGGACGAGGACGAGUGCACGUCGUAGUCUCGUCAGUGUUGUUACGUUCCUUUAUUAAAUGCACCAAAAUGUUUGCCUUGAGAUUCAUGUUGUUUUUAGAAUGUAAAAAAAAGAAAGAGAGAAACUGUGGACGAGGAAGUGAUUUAUCACUAAUUUUACAAUUUAAAAAACUUAUGGAGGUGAAGCUCUCAUUGAUACAAGUGUCUUAAAUGUAUGAAUGAUUAUAUUAAAAACAACUUUAUAAAAGAGAAACAGUUUUCCUGUAUUUGUGCAAAGUGAUGGUUUUAUCAUUGUUCAAAUGUAUGCUGCUGAUUUUAAAACUUUUUUUUCAACUUCUUUUUUCACUUCAUUUUAAAGCUUUGUGCUCACUAAGAGAAAAAUAUUGUGAUAUUUGUCAACCAUACAUAAAAAUGUUUAAUGUUUCUAUCCCUUUUUACUGGUAUCAAAGUAUUUUGAAUGAUUGUUUUGUUCUCAUGAUACAUGGUCCAAGGAUUGUGGGUUGUUUGUAUGUACAGUUGACACGACUGAAGUAGGAAGAAGAAGACUACAGGUGGAUAAAAAAAAAUAUCAGCAACUAUAUUCUGCGUCUGACUGUCGAUUCAUUUGUUGGAGAGAAAGGAAUACUGACCACACCCCACUGCUGUUGUGCAACAACACUUGGGGUUUUUCCUUCUUCCCUAUUUUUAUACCAUGCUGUUGGAACAUGUCACAGUCCAAAAACAAUAAAACUAUUUUCUCAUUG